AAGGACUUUGAGUUCUGAAUUGUAUAUCAUUUUGGGAGCUUAGUAAGUUUUAUAUCGUUUUCGAUUCUGAUUUAAUUGUUCGGAGUUUGUGUGCCGUUUUUGUUUGUAUUCAACGCUCUUAACUAAUUUUUUACUAAAUGUCUAACCGUGACGCAGCCAGCAACCAGCUAAUUGACUACAAAAAUAAUUUAUCGGCUUCUCCUGGCAUUAUUACUACAGGAGCUGGUAACCCGGUCGGUAUUAAGGAUGCCACUCUAACUGUGGGCCCAAGGGGUCCCGCUCUGUUGCAGGAUGUUAACUUUUUGGAUGAGUUGGCUACCUUUGACCGUGAACGUAUACCUGAGCGUGUUGUCCAUGCUAAAGGCGCAGGCGCUUUUGGCUAUUUCGAAGUAACACACGAUAUUACAAAAUAUUGUGCAGCUAAGGUUUUUGAAAAGGUACAUAAGCGGACGCCGAUCGCUGUACGUUUUUCCACAGUUGGUGGAGAAAGUGGAUCCGCUGACACCGUUCGUGACCCGCGUGGUUUUGCUGUUAAAUUCUACACCGACGACGGCAUUUGGGAUUUGGUUGGCAAUAACACUCCAAUUUUCUUUAUUCGUGAUCCGAUUUUGUUUCCCAGUUUUAUCCAUACACAGAAGCGCAAUCCUCAAACUCAUUUGAAGGAUCCAGACAUGUUCUGGGACUUUUUGACUCUUCGGCCGGAAAGUACUCACCAGGUAUCCUUUUUGUUUAGCGAUCGUGGAAUUCCCGAUGGUUUUCGUCACAUGAAUGGUUAUGGUUCUCAUACCUUUAAGUUAAUUAAUUGCAAAGGCGAGCCGGUAUAUGCCAAGUUCCACUACAAAACAGAUCAGGGCAUUAAAAAUCUUGAUCCAAAGGUUGCCCAAGAUCUAGCAGCAAGUGAUCCUGACUACAGUCUUCGAGAUCUAUACGAUUCUAUUAAGAAUGGUAAUUAUCCCAGCUGGACGUGGUACAUUCAAGUGAUGACAUUUGAUCAGGCCAAGAAAUUUAAGUAUAAUCCAUUUGAUGUAACAAAGGUUUGGAGUCACGCAGACUUUCCACUUAUACCGGUUGGAAAGAUGGUGCUCGAUCGAAAUCCGACCAAUUACUUCGCAGAAGUGGAGCAAAUCGCUUUCAGUCCAGCACAUUUGGUACCGGGCAUUGAACCAUCGCCUGAUAAGAUGUUGCAAGGUCGACUUUUCUCAUAUUCUGAUACACAUAGACAUCGCUUGGGACCUAAUUACUUGCAGAUUCCCGUUAAUUGUCCUUAUCGCGUUAGCGUGAAGAACUUUCAGCGUGACGGUGCAAUGCGUGUUAACGACAAUCAAGGUGGCGCUCCUAACUACUUCCCGAACUCAUUCUCUGGGCCUGAGGAAAGUGCUCGUGCAAAGAGCUUGAUGCCGUGUUGCCCUGUACAGGGUGACGUAUAUCGCUUCAGCAGCGGUUUCACUGAAGAUAACUACAGCCAGGUGACCGAUUUCUGGGUUUAUGUGUUGGACGAUAAAGCUCGCCAGCGUCUGGUAGCUAAUAUUUCUGGCAGUUUGAGCAAUGCCAGCCAAUUCAUUCAAGAGCGCGCUGUGAAGAACUUCACCUUGGUUCAUGCAGACUUUGGCAGAAUGCUUACUGAAGCCCUCAACUUGGCUAAAUCUGCUAAAAUCUAAUAAGCGAAUGCUUUUAUUUACUGAGCAAUGAAUUAAAAUACGUGUUAAUACAAGGAACUAUCACUUGGUUGAGGGUCGCUUUCAAAAAAUAUUUCUGUUGAUAUAUUGUCUUUACAUAUAAUAUUCAUUUUUUGUAUUGAAAAAUCGUUUUGGAUUUAAAUACAAGUACUUGUAUAAAUAUAUGUUUUUUUAUAUUUUCAAUAAAUUGAGUAAUAAAAUGCUA